AGUCAAGCGGGACCACCUGAUGGGAUCGAAGCCUCGCAGGGUGUGGAGAAUCUAUCUGCUCAGCUGGCUGCCAUGACUGAGAAGCUGGAUGGGCUGCUCACCCUGAAAGGAAGUGUAGAUUCCCUCCUGUCUCUGUCGGCGCAGCUCAACGAACUCUUAUUGGUGAAGCCACUGGUUGAGAGCCUGAGAGAGACAGUCAACGAAAUUCAACAGUCCAUGGACUUCUUCUCCGCUGACUAUGAUCGUCUUCUCAGGCUGGCAACAGCCAACGAGCAAACUGGCAAAGGUCUCCAGGACGAACUGUCGCAACUAAAGUCAACUGUGCAGAUACAAGCAGCCGAAAUCCAGGAGAUCCGGGGCGCGCUCAACGACAACGAGCAGCACAGUCGUCUCUCCAACCUCGAAGUGCACGGACUUCCUGUCUCGCCUAAAGAAGACCUAUUAUCCUUUAUUGAGUCUCUCGCGAAAAAGCUGAACAUCUCUCACUUCCAUAAAACCGAUAUACUCGCUAUACAUCGCUUGCCUGCCAAACGCGAAAAGGCCCCGCCGUUUCUAAUUCGAUUUGCUUCGGUCAGCAUGAAGGAAUCGUGGAUGGAAGUGCGGGGUAAGCUUCCCUCACUCAGUCAGGUUGGUCCUUUCCCCAAAUUGUACUUAAACGACAACCUGACUCGUGCGAACAAGGAGCUGUUUUGGCAGUUCGCGCUCGCGGGGAGCGUCCUCGUAACGCUGACGGACGCUAUCAACGCCAUCACGGUUGCAGUGCUGUAUCUGAGAAGCAGCGAAGGAUUAUUUGCACCGCCGGUAAAUGAAAUAGAUAGAUCUGUGCAGAGGGACUGUCGACGCCGGCAGAAACCCGUGCUGGAAAAGUUCCUGUACUUCUCGUUCGCACUGGUGUUGCGCGAGGCGACGUUGGUGUACACCCGGGCCGCCUUCUUCAUGCUUCGGCGCUUCGGCACCAGGGUGCGCUCGCUGCUCAUCAGCUUCCUCAUCCUCACCCUCGUGCUCGUCCAGGUGGCCGAUGCGGGCCUCGUCGCGCUCGUCCUUGUCUUCACGGCCGUGAUUGUCAUAAGCGAGAUACAGAACGACAUCAUCCGAGAGGAGCAGUUCAAGGUAUCUGCUCGCAUCCUCGUUUCGAAACAAACUUCCGGUUGUCCAUGA